UUUCCGGCUGGGGCGGGGAGGCCUGCGCCCGGGGUCUGGCGCCUCUGGGCCUGCAGUCGCCGCCCCGAGGGCCCCCCCAUCAAGGCCUCCCAGUUUUCCAGCCUUGAGGUGUUCUACAACUAAAUCAAGAAGAUUUGUGGGUGUUGAAUAUGCAAGGAGCUGAAGAGAGAGAAAUUGGAAGAGAGGUCUGUCCAGGUUGGGUGAACAAGCCUGCUCCAGAACAGGAUGUCUCUGAAGUUGAUUCACCAGAGACAGUGGGAAAGAGACUCCAAGGGGACGAAUCCCAGCAUUCUGCAUUGGAUGACAAAUCCGCACGUGAGAGCAUGAAGGAAAACUCUCCCAGAGAUGUUCCUGAGCCCCGCCUUUUUCAGGAAGGAGGUUUUAGGGGAAGAACUUGCAUCCACAAGGAAGCUCUUCCUGCAAUGAUUAGCCAAGAAUAUAAUUUUGAGAAAAGGUUGCUUUUGACCUCAAGCCUUGUUACACAUCUCAGGGUUUCUACAGAAGAGAGUUUACAUCAGUGGGAGACAAGUAGCAUACAUGCCAAUGAGAUUUCAGACCAGAGUAAAUGUUCAACCCUCUCCACACGGAAAAGGUCUUGGCAAUGUAAUGAAUGUGGCAAACAUUUCACUCAGCGCUCAUCCCUGACCCAGCAUCAGAGAACCCAUACUGGAGAGAGACCCUACACGUGUGAGGAGUGUGGGAAAGCUUUCAGUCGCAGUUCAUUCCUUGUUCAGCAUCAGAGAAUCCACACUGGGGUGAAACCGUACAGAUGUGAGCAGUGCGGGAAAACAUUUCGAUGUCGAUCAUUUCUUACCCAGCACCAGAGAAUCCACACUGGAGAGAAACCUUAUAAAUGUAGUGAAUGUGGGAAUUCCUUCCGCAAUCAUUCACAUCUCACCGAACACCAGCGAAUCCACACUGGGGAGAAACCUUAUAAAUGUGAUUGGUGUGGGAAGUCAUUCAACCAGAAUGCACACCUCAUUCAUCAUCAGAGAAUUCACACUGGGGAGAAACCUUAUUUGUGCAAUGAAUGUGGCUCCUCUUUCCGCAAACACUCGAAUCUCACACAACAUCAGAGAAUUCACACGGGGGAGAAACCCCACAAAUGUGAUGAAUGUGGGAAAACUUUCCAAACAAAGGCAAACCUCCUUCAACACCAAAGAAUUCACACUGGAGAGAAACCCUAUACAUGUAAGGAAUGUGGCAAAGCUUUUUGUCAGAGUCCAUCCCUUAUUAAACAUCUGCGAAUUCAUACUGGAGAGAAACCUUAUAAAUGUAAGGAAUGUGGCAAAGCUUUCACUCAGAGCACCCCACUCACUAAACAUCAGAGAAUUCACACAGGGGAGAGACCCUACAAAUGCAGCGAGUGUGGUAAAGCCUUCAUUCAGAGCGUUUGCCUUGUUCGGCAUCAGAGAAGUCACACUGGAGAAAAACCCUAUAAAUGCAAUGAGUGUGGGAAGGGCUUCAAUCAGAAUACCUGCCUCACUCAGCAUAUGAGAAUUCAUACUGGAGAGAAGCCCUAUGAAUGUCAAGAAUGUGGGAAAGCCUUUGCUCAUAGCUCAUCUCUUACUGAACAUCAUAGAACUCACACUGGUGAAAAACUCUAUAAGUGUAGUGAGUGCAACAAAACCUUCCGCAAGUAUGCACACCUUAGUGAACAUUACAGGAUUCACACUGGUGAGAAGCCUUACGAAUGCAUCGAGUGUGGAAAAUUCUUCAGACAUAGUUCAGUCCUUUUCAGACAUCAGAAGCUUCAUGGUGGCGAAUGAACCUGGCUUUAGGUUAUGGCAGUUUCUCAAAAAAACUGGGUAGGAAUUUGGCAGUGGGCAGAGGGGCCUGCAGGGUUGCUGGAGGGAAGGAUGAAGGAGUCCUGAAUACUGCACUCAGAAGACUAUUUCAGAGAUGUAUGCGGGGCUUGGAGAAUGCAGAGCCUGCUCCAGGUGGGCAUCUGGGAGUGCAGGGCACCAAGGAAGUUCUUGCAUUUCCGGUAAAUCCUUGAUGCUUGCCACUCCUCUCCCCCCAUGUGACCUUUGCACCUCAAGAUUCCAUUUGAUAAGUUAGUACUUGUGUCUCCCUUACUACACUCCUGCUGCACAUUCCCUAAUUGUCACAUCUAUUCACUGACCCAUAGGCCGAGGUGCUUUUCCAAACGUUCAUUGUGAGGGUGGCCACAGAUCUGAGGCCGUGCUAAGCAGCCACUAGACGUCUGAGGCAGCUCCAGCGGUGCUGCUGUGGGGAGGCUGCUCAGCCUGUGAGUGGUCCCACUGAGGGGAUGGAGGCAGGUGAAAGGCAGUCCAUGCUCGGCAGUAGCGGGGUAUGUGGCAAGAACUGGGCUGAUCUCUAAGACACAUUGGUAAAGAGGCUUUUAUCAGGGUUGGGGAGAUCUUUCCUGACCCUUUCGAGCUAGGGAAAGAAAGAGGAGGUCAAGAGAGACUUCUGGAAUGAUGCCAGUUUGUGGAAGGGCAUCAUGUUUGCUCAGAGGGCCCUGGAGAGAGGCCCAGCUUGUGUCCUGGAUCGUUAGUGGCUUACCCGAGCACGGAGAUGGCCUGUGCAAGGCUGGCGGUCAGAAGAGACCACGAGCAGGAAAUCUGCACAUGUUGGAGGGAGGCAUUGACACACCCCUCCCUGGACUGCGGUGUACACCUGCCUCGUCAUUGUGAUCUUCUUUCUCUAUUAUUGACAAGAGGAUAAAAGUGAAGACUCUCCACAUAGGCCCCUGUUCUGCACAGAGGAUGUUUUCUCUUGUGAACUUCAUUUCAGGUGAGAAGACCAACCCAGAAGGCACAGUGGUAAAUGACUGGAGGAAGAUGUGGAGAGGCAGGGCACCUGGUCAUCAGGGUUCACGUCGGAGAAACUGAGGAGGCAUGCGGAACAAAGAACAGGAGGGGAAAUCCUGCAGGAACGGUUGAGAGCACCAUACAGCCUUUUCCCAGGAGACAAGUGUUGCUCUAAUGACAAUCAUCUUUGAGAAAGUACCUUGUAACUAUCAUGAAUUUGAGAGAUGGUUUCUUGUAAACCUGAACCUACUGGACAGACACCCCUCCAUUGUGUUAAACCUAACAUGAGUUCUUGCCAGGUCCCACUGCCAAUGAAACAUCGGAGACUCAGCACGCAGAAGAAACUUUCAGAGUGCACUGCGUGUGGAAAAUCCUUCACUCAGAGAUCAUCUCUUAGCAUCAGAGGAUUCACAUGGGGAGAAGCCUUGUGUGUUUAUGGAACCUAUUUUCAUAAACAGUCAAAUCUUACUCAACAUCUGAAGAUUCACACGGGAGAGAAACCUUAUAAAUCUAAUGAAUGUGGGAAAGCCUUUCAAACAAAAGCAAUUCUCGUCCAGCAUCUGAGAAUUCACAAUGGAGAGAAACCGAAUAAACGCAAUGAGUGUGGGAAAGCCUUCAGUCAGAGCGUAUGCCUUGUCCGUCAUCAGACAAGUCACUCUGGAAGUAAACCUUUUACGUGUAAGGACUGUGGGAAGGCCUCAUGCAGCAUCAGAGAAUGCAUUCAGGAGAGAAGCCCUACACUUGUGACAACUGUGGUAAAGCCUUCACGCAGAACUCUUCCCUUGUGGAACACGAGAGAGCUCACACUGGAGAGAAACUUGGUAAGUGCAGCGCGAGUGAAAAACCUUUCCGCAAGCAAGCCCACCUUAGUGAACAUUACAGGAUUCACAGUGGAGAAAGACCUUAUGAAUGUGUCAAGUGUGGGAGGUGCUAUAGGCACCAUUCAGCACUUGUUCGGCAUUGGAAGCAUCACGUUGGAGAAUAAACCUUGGGAUAUAACCAGUGUGGAAAGACCACUGUGAAAACUCCACUUUCCCCUGAAUUCUUGAAAGUUGAAGACUCAGUCUGCAGUUGGGAUGAAUUUUUGUAUGUUGAGCAAAAGAGUGUCCUGAAAAUUGAAAAAAUAGACUCAGUACCAGACAGCUUUGAGUUUGAUGCCUUCUCUGCCUCUUACUAGGUACGUGACAUUAUCCUGAGUCUCAGUUGUCCCCACCCUCCUGCCCCAGAGAAUAAUGAGGAUUGUUGCUAGGAUUGUCUGGAGAAUAAGCUGAGCUGUACAUAAUAAAGAACUGCCAUUAAUUGGUUGAAUUAUAGAUGUUCCAAAUAUGUGUAAAUGUGGCAAAUAAAAACAAGCAAAGCUCAGCAUUAGUUUUCUUUUUUGGUUCUCAAUGUAUUUUUUCUCAGAAACAGUCUUGACAUUCUUGCACCAUUACCACAUCCCAGGAUUUUGCUUUUCUGUAUAGACACGGGUGCCCUUGAAAAGCCUAUCCUGGAAAAGGGCCUCAGGAAGGCCCUAGAAGGAUCCUGGGCUCCGGGAGCGAUGAGCCCCUCUCAGUGCAUCAUCCGUUCAUGAUGGCAGUAUGACAUUACUGGUGAUGGUACCUCUGACCCUUCAGAUACGGUGGCAUCUCUCUGGUUUCUCCACUGUGAAGCCAGUAAUUUCCCUUUUGUAAUAAGUAUCUUGAGGGGAGAUACUUUGAGACUGUAAAUAUUCUGCUUUUCAAUAUUUUGGGCUACUAAUUUUGACUUUUUU